UCAACCACUGGCUCUAAUGUAGCCCUGUGUUUACUACAGAAUUAGUGCAUAGCGGACGACAGUCUCCUGAACUGUGAACUCCGAAUCACAAAAGAUAACCUGUUAGUUUUGCAUAAAAGGAAAAAUACCCCAAACUCAACAUGCCCAAGAGAAAGGGAACUGAUGGAGAAGUCAAGGAGGAGCCUCAGAGAAGGUCUGCAAGGUUAUCAGCGCAUACGGGAUCGAACAGAACCGUUCUCGGCACUAUAAAACCAACACCUCCAAAACCUGAACCGAAACCGAAAAAGACUCCCAAGAAAGACAAGGAGGUGAACGAUAAAAAGGAAGAUAAGAAAGCAAAGGCAAAGGCUGACGAAUCGAAGGAGGAGAACCAGUCAGAAAAUGGGGAGACUAAGACCAACGAGGUUGAGAAAACUGCAGACGAGGCAGCAGAGGGCGAGAAGGACGACCCGAAGACAGAGUAGCAGCACGCUGGUCCAUCCGUCCAUCCAUUCUCUCCCCUUCCUCUCUUUCUAUUCUUUUAUCUUCCCCUUUCCCUGUUUUCUCUCUCCCUCUCCAGCUCUCUCAACAACCUCCUCUCUGCCCAUCACCACCAGGGAAUAUUUUAUCAG